AUGAGCUCCUCGCCUCAGUCGGUCGAAGAUCUCUUUCGCCCGCCGGUUCUGCGGCCGUUCACCGGCACUCUCGACCGUAGCCUCUUUUCAAGGACAAUUCCGCUCGCCGCUGCCGCCAUCAACGACGUCAAGCAGAUUUCGCGCUUAAGAAAGGACCUCGCCCGGUCCAAAGAGCUCCUCAACGUCGAGCGUAUCAGCCCGAUUGCACCGCACCCGGACUCGGCGCAAGCGGCGCUAGGCAAGAAAUGUCUACUGCUCGAUCCUUUGUUCAAAGCCGGCGAGCCAUCGACAUGGGGAGAGGUCGUCAAGACGGCCUCCGACCAGAACGAGCUGGUCGUGGUACCCUAUGACCUCAAGCUCGACUACGACUACUUCAAUUUUGUGGACGUGAUCACGGCAAUCCUGCCCGAGGAGCUACAUGGCGAGAUCCCCAGCGGCUUCAAUGUCGCGGGCCACGUUGCACACUUGAAUCUGAGAGAGCAAUAUCACCCGUACAAGAAGAUUAUCGGCGAAAUUCUGGUGGAUAAGAACACACACAUCCGCACCGUGAUCAACAAGGUGGACAAUGUCGGUACGGAAUCCGAGUUUCGGACCUUUGCCUACGAGGUCCUCGCCGGCCCCGACGACAUGGACGUUGAGGUGCGGGAGAACGAGUGCACCUUUCACUUCGACUACAGCAAGGUAUACUGGAACAGCAAGUUGGAGAGUGAGCACACUAGACUCAUUCGAUCCUUCCAGCCUGGCGAGGUUGUAUGCGACGUCAUGGCCGGAAUUGGGCCUUUUGCUGUCCCGGCCGGCAAGAAGGGUGUCUUUGUCUGGGCCAAUGACAUGAACCCAGAGAGUUACAAGUAUCUCGACGAAGCCAUCAAGAAGAACAAGGUCGGCCAAUACGUCAGGCCGUUCAACGAGGACGGGCGCACCUUCAUACACAAGGCUGCCGACUCGGUCUUGCAGGCCUCGGAGGCGGGCGACCACGUUAUUGUCCAGCGAAAAGUCCGGCGUUCCGACAAGGAUAAGCCUCUCCCGCCCCCGGACAAGAUCGCGGUUCCACCCACGAUCUCUCACUUCGUCAUGAACCUACCCGCUUCUGCUUAUACGUUUGUGCAUCACUACCGCGGCCUAUAUGCCGGCAAGGAGAAGCUAUUUGCGCCGCACACGAGCACCAAGUUGCCACUGGUGCAUGUGCACUGCUUUGCGCUCAAGAGCGACGACGAGGUUCCCCUUUUGGACAUUUGCGAGCGCCUCACGAGCGAGUUGGGCGUCAAGAUGGUCCCGGGAGAUGCCGAGAACCCCGGCGAGGCUAGCAUCUACAAUGUCCGCGACGUUGCGCCGGCCAAGCGCAUGUUCUGCGCGUCCUUUAGAGUGCCGGCGGAAGUUGCGUUUGCGCCCCGGACGUGA